AUGUCUCACACAACACCCUCUCCAUUGUUUCUACUCGAGCAACCUGCGCCGCAAAGAUGGCUUGUGCAUUGCCUAUGCCCUGCCAACGAGAUAGCACCUUCAGAUACCUCAACAUCUCAAACAUUCCACUCCUUCCCAGCAUGUUCACGUAAACUCACAUCCCCCCGUCUGCGCACCUUCUUCCUCGCCAUGCAACCCCCCCCAUGGUCACCCUGGCCGGGUUCCGUGAAAGCCCCAGAUAUCCUCAACGACCAAGGGUCAGACUCUGACUCCUCCGACGAUUCUCUCUUUGCAGCUGCCUCCAACUCCGCUCAACCGUCCGACCCCAUUUUCCCAUCUUCGUAUCUCCAACCCCAAAACGCUAGAAGUCAAUCACUGUCCGUCGGUCCCUCCUCCUCGGGUGCCGUCUCCUCUUUCCAUCCAGGCACCUCAUCGUUUCUUUCUUCCUCAUCCUCUUCGUCCGGCGAUGAACUCUUCGGCGUAUCCUCUCAUACAGUCUCCAUCUCCCGUCCUUCCCGUCCGCGCACCAUCCAGGGAACCCGCUCCUCCUUCAUCCUUGGACAUAAACUUGGCGAAGGUGCGUAUGCUGUCGUCCGAGAGGGCAUCGACGAGCAAUCCCUUCGCAUAGUCGCAGUCAAGGUCCUCGACUUACGCCGCCUGCGAAAGCUUCGCGGCGGUAUCGAGGCUAUUGACCGUGAGGUCGCUGUGCAGCAGCGAUUGAAAAAACAUCCCAAUCUCGUAGAGCUUAUUGAUGUCGUAAGGAUGCCGGCCAAGUCCCGCAUGUAUAUUAUUCUAGAGAUGGCCAACGGUGGCACAGUCCAACAGCUCGCAGAUUCUGUACCCGAUCAUUGCCUUCCAGAGAGCCAGGUAGCUAACUUCACCGCUCAAACCCUUAAGGGCCUUCAGUAUAUGCAUGGAAAGGGUGUCGUGCAUAGGGAUAUAAAGCCUUCGAAUUUGAUGCUCACUGCGCAAGGAGACCUCAUGAUAUCGGACUUUGGGGUGGCCGAGUUUCUCAACGAGUAUAACGACGAUGACAACGUUACUCGAACCUCUGGCUCCCCGGCGUUUCAAGCCCCCGAGAUUGCCAUCGGCGCACCUGGUUAUUCAGGUAUGAAGGUUGACGUGUGGGCCCUAGGUGUCACCGCCUAUUUCCUGCUCACGGGUACCAUUCCUUUCGAAGCCGACAACUUGCUGGUUCUAUUUGAACUCAUCGGCAAAGGCGAAUACAAGGAGCCAGAAGGUCUCAGCGAAGCAUGCAUGGACUGCAUCAGCCGCAUGAUGACAGUCGAUUGGGGGAAGCGCGCUUCCGUCGAUGAACUGCUCAAGCAUCCUUGGAUCACCAAAGGAACUGCCGAGCUUUCCUCCCAACAGCGUGAAGAACGCGGUUGGGUGGGCAUCUCGAAGAAGGAUCUGGGCAUUCUUCAAAUCGUCACAGAUAUGUACAAAGAGGACGAAGCGAUCCCACUGCCAGAUGCCACUUCUCCGGCGUCUAGUGCAGCCCCCGCUACGUCAGCGGCACAGUCGACGUGUACUGUUCAAUAGAGCCGUCAACCGCUUAUUCUUUUCCAACUUCACACUAGUUUUACCUCUCGUGGACUUCGUUGUUGUAUCGGGCAGGACCGAGACGUGCCUUUGUUUGAGAUAAGACCGUCUCAUAAUUUGUCGUGAAUGGGACGGGGCGCGUUCUGAACCAAGCUGGCCGCAUGAUAGGCACGAAUGUCCUGGAAACAUGGCUGUUCUUACGCCUCUGUCCAGUCUAGUAGUUUACAAUGAUAGGAAACUUAAAUCCAACAUUUUUU